CGAGCCACGUUUACAUACGUUGGUGCUCAUCGGGAAACAUGUCGGCAUCUGAGACAACGACAAAGGAGCCUCCUGAAGGAAAUGACUCAGAAACACCAGCAGAAUCAUUAGCCGGACCAAGUCAACAAGUGAAGGAAGAUAAUGCACCCUCCAUCACAGCUGCUGCUGCCAAGAAGAUAGAGCCCAUGGGUGGGAUGCCAUCAAUGUUGUCAUCUCAGCAGCCUGGGAAGGACGCUUCCAGAGCUGGAGAGGAUGGUGAGAAAUGGUCACCUGUUUCCUCCCCAAACAAACCUGCUGCAGGACACGCAGCAAAGUCCCUUCCAUCAUUGCCCUCCUCUUCUCCUUCUACGUCUUCAUCAUUGUCCCCUGGCCGUGCAAAGAUGAGUGUUUCUGGGCCCAGUAGCAGUAAAUCUGUCCUGGCACCUUCUCCUUCCUCCUCCUCCUCCUCUUCCUCCUCCUCCUCCUCUUCUUCCUCUUCCUCCUCUGUCACAGCCUCCUCAUCGCCUUCUGUCUCUCCUGCCCCACCCAAAAUCCACCGGGCCCGCAAGACCAUGAACAGGCCUCCAAUAGGGCAGAUGAGCAAUGUUGAGGCACCUGCUGCAUCUGUAACACCUUCAGGGUCAUCUGCCUGUCUUUCCUCUGAUUCUGAAUCUGUUGCAAAAAGAAGGAAACUGGGUCAUUUAUCUGAUGGCACACCUGAGAAGUCUGAGAAGGUUCCAGACAAUGCUCAGAUUUCGGAAGAAACGUUAUUCCAUAAAAAGGUGGAGCCUGUUACCAAGACUGCACCAGAGAAGAGCAACAGCAGUGUGGGGAAGUCAGAGGAGGAAGCUCAGAAAAUUCAGAUUUCCAGUCGGUCCACACGAGAUUCUGAAAAGUUUGAGGAUGGAGCAAGUCAACACACUGAAGACAUAGAGGGAUCAGUGAACAUGUCAGACCAUAGUUCAGAGUCGGAGACACCAAGAGCGGUCCAGAGUAGAAAAGAGAGUGAGGAGUCUUUAUGGCCACAGCCAGACCAGGACAAAGACAGAAACACUGCUGAUGUGGUGGAGACAGUUGGAGCAGGAAGGUCCACUGAGUACACAGAGGUUCCCUUGGGUGCUCUGGACAUCGUUGCUGCUGACAGUCUGACACUUUCUCCUCCUCAUGAAGGAAGUGAUGCAGGAGACACAGAGCGGCUGGAGGAGCUUCCUCUGUGCAGCUGCAGGAUGGAGGCUCCUCGAGUCGACAGCACGAGCCACCGUGUCAGCAGACAGUGUAUGGCCACUGAGAGCAUCAAUGGAGAGCUGAGGGCUUGUACAAAUCGGACUAUAAAAGGGGAAACCAUGCGGCCGUCCAGUCGGGUGUCCCUCAUGGUGCUUUGUGACGUCCACCGCUCACACAUGGUCAAACACCACUGCUGUCCUGGGUGUGGAUACUUCUGCAUAGCGGGCACAUUUCUUGAGUGCUGCCCAGACCAGCGCAUCGCUCACCGUUUCCACCGGGGUUGUGUGACGGUGCUGGGCGGAGGCCGCAGCAGAUCAAACGGCGGCGGUAUGCUUUUCUGCCCCCACUGCGGAGAAGACGCCUCAGAGGCCCAAGAAGUCACCAUCCCCUCAUUCAGCUCGGCUACAGCCUCUGCGAACACCGUCGUCACAAUGUCAGCCUCCUCCACCACCACCCCGUCUCUGCCGCCAUCUGUGCCCACGGCACCCUCCCUCACAGCCUCAACAGGAGGGAUGAAGGACGGGAAGAUGCCCGAAAGACCCGUCAGUGCACGUAUGCAUAGUCAUGGCUUGGUAAAACUGGCAGUGGAGCAGCAGCAACAGCCCCCACAGACUGUAGCCUCUGCAGUAUCUGUGGCCACCAUCCCUCCAGCAGAGGAGGGGGUGGACAGCGUGGGGCCUUCUCUCUGUAUGCCGAAUGGGAAACCAAUCAGCCCCAGUGCCCUUCCACCUGGACCCAGCAGGGCGGCGCUGCAGAAGGCCAUUCUUACACAGGACACCGAAAGGAAGAAGAAACUGAGGUUUCACCCCCGCCAGCUUUACCCUGCUGCCAAGCAAGGAGAGGUGCAGAGAGUACUGCUCAUGCUGAUGGAAGGCAUAGAUCCAACAUACCAGCCUGACUCUCAGAACAGGCGCUCUGCUCUACAUGCUGCAGCUCAGCGAGGUCUGCUGGAAAUCUGCUAUAUUCUCGUACAGGCCGGUGCUCAAGUGGAUGCCCAAGACAAAGACAAGAGGACUCCUCUGUUGGAAGCGAUCAUCAACAAUCACGUUGAGGUGGCUCACUACCUGGUCCAGAACGGUAGUUGCGUCUAUCAUGUCGAGGAGGAUGAAUAUACUGGCCUCCACCACGCAGCCAAGCAGGGAAACCUGGAAAUUGUCAACAUGCUUCUGGAAACGGGGCAGGUUGAUGUAAACGCACAGGACAGUGGUGGCUGGACGCCGAUCAUCUGGGCUGCAGAGCACAAACACGUAGAUGUGAUAAAAGCACUGCUGAACAGAGGAGCUGAUGUCACCAUUAGUGAUAAAUCCUCUCUUUCCCUUAAGGAGCUGAACGUGUGUCUCCACUGGGCUGCGUAUGCAGGGAGUGUGGACAUAGCAGAGCUGGUGUUGAACUCCGGGUGCUCCCUUGCCUCAGUGAACAUACAUGGAGACACGCCGCUCCACAUCGCCGCCAGAGAGGGCUACUUGGAAUGUGUUACGUUGUUCCUGUCCAGGGGUGCCGACAUUGACAUUAUGAACAGGGAAGGAGACACGCCUCUCAGUCUCGCGCGGGCUGACACGCCGGUGUGGGUGGCACUCCAGAUCAACAGGAAGCUGAGAAGGGGAAUAACCAACCGCAUGCUUCGGACUGAAAGAAUCAUCUGCAGUGACGUUGCGCAGGGCUAUGAGAAUGUACCGAUUCCCUGUGUGAACGCAGUGGAUGAUGAAGGCUGUCCGUCAGACUACAAAUAUGUUUCGGAAAACUGUGAAACUUCAGCAAUGAACAUAGACCGCAAUAUUACACACUUACAGCACUGCAGCUGCACUGAUGACUGCUCAUCUAGUAACUGCCUCUGUGGACAGCUCAGUAUCCGCUGCUGGUAUGACAAGGACCAGCGGCUGCUCCAGGAGUUCAACAAAAUCGAGCCUCCACUCAUAUUUGAAUGCAACAUGGCGUGUUCCUGUUAUCGAACAUGCAAGAAUAGGGUGGUGCAGGCAGGCAUCAAAGUUCGCCUUCAGCUCUACAGGACAGAGAAGAUGGGCUGGGGAGUUCGAGCUCUGCAGGAUAUUCCCCAGGGAAGCUUCAUCUGCGAAUAUGUCGGGGAGCUGAUCUCUGACGCCGAGGCAGAUGUUAGAGAAGACGACUCCUACCUGUUUGACCUGGACAACAAGGACGGGGAGGUGUAUUGUAUCGACGCCCGUUACUACGGCAACAUCAGCCGCUUUAUCAACCACCUGUGUGACCCAAACCUCAUCCCAGUACGUGUGUUCAUGCUGCACCAGGACCUGAGAUUUCCACGCAUCGCCUUCUUCAGCUCCAGAGACAUCCUCAGUGGACAAGAGCUGGGGUUCGACUAUGGAGACCGCUUUUGGGACAUUAAGAGCAAAUAUUUCACCUGUCAGUGUGGAUCAGAGAAGUGUAAGCACUCGGCCGAGGCCAUUGCCUUGGAGCAGAGCAGACUGGCUCGACUGGAGGCUUGCCCCGAAUCGGGAGCUGACUGUGGGAUGACCAUGCUGGGAAACUCUUAAAACACUUUUGGAUUAACCUAAUCCAUUUUACAUGCGCGCACACGGGCAGUGGAGACACUCUUUGAGGGUUUUAUCAAGUUUAAAAUUCUGCUUUCGUCGCAUGGUGCUGUUUUCUACUUGAAAUGUCCUUGUUUCCUCUCCCAAAACUUGCCACCUUUCAAGCUGAUCGUUUCCCUUCUGUUAGAGGCCUUCACAUAUUUUAAACUCAGUGGGUCUGUUUGAAGAAAACAGGAGGUUUUGGGAUUCUGUACAUACGGUAUGGUUAGUGUAUAUAACUGCUUUUGCCAUGACACAUGAAAUUUGGACAUCACAAGUCUGCUGCCAUGUAACUAUCAUACAUUACAUGUAUUUUCUGUUGUGCCAACAAACGCAAUGCAUUUUCACACAGUGCAGUAACAGUUAGCCCAAACUGGACUCAGUAAGGACCUGGGGGAUGCAGUUGUUUUUUCUGAAUGAUUGUGUUAGCUUUAUUUUCUUUUAUUUUUAUACGUAUUGUUUAUCACGUCUAGUUUAAUAAAUUAGCUCAUGAGUUGAUCUUUGGGCUCUUGUA